CCACUUGGCACACAGAUCACUCAGAUCACUGAUCACACUUUCCUCAGAAGAUCAGAGAGAGCAGACUUCCCCAACAUGGCAAGAGUCUGGAUGCUGCUGCUGCUGCUUUUGAAUAUUUUGUUCACGUGUAGUCUAUCUAUGGAUAUCCAGUUGAUCAAAGUGCACCCUAAGCAAGCCAUCUCUGGUGUAUUUGAAGCAACCCUCGGAAAUGAAUAUGCCUUGAAUGCAUCAGCAGCCAGAGAUAUUUGCGAGCAUCUAGGUGUGACUAUUGCAAACAAAGCACAGGUAGUGGAGGCACAGAAGCAUGGACUGGAAACAUGCAGGUUUGGCUGGAUAGAUGAGCAAAUUGCUGUUAUUCCAAGAGUUCAGGUUAAACAAAGCUGUGGCAAUGGUGCAGUUGGGGUUAUCGUGUGGCGUGCUGAUCUCAGUAAGAAAUUUGAGGUCUUUUGCUUUAAUGAAACAGAUUUCGAGGCCCAAAAUUUCGAGGCAACACAUUCACCCGUUUCUCCCACAUCUCAAGCUGGAGUUCAUCUCAGGAAAACCCCAUUUUCAAAACCAUCUUCUCAAUCGUCUCCUCGCCAAUCUUUCCCUUCCUCUGUUCCUCCUGAACUCUCCCGCAGUCCCUCCCUAAACCAGAUGGAUGAAGAAAGGAUACAUUUGCCCAUGAGUGGUACCCCAGCAUCAAUAGGCGCUGUUCCAGUGGCACUACUGAUCACAGUCACCUUUGCCGUCCUGCUUGCUGUAUUUCUGGCACUUUACUAUUUCAAAAUGAACAGACCCCGCUUGACUCUAUAUGAUGCAGAGCAGCAGAAGGAGUACAUUGAGACGGAGGUUUUGGAGCACUGUAAUAAGAAAGACCUCCAGAAACCACAGGAGGAAAACCACAAGGAGGAGAAGGAGGAGGACGUUCACAACAACAUCAGUGAAAGUUCUUCAGACUUAGACUGAAACUAUUUCCUGAUACAUCACCGCCUGUGUUAUUUAUCAGGACAUUCCACAUACGAUGGCUAAGACUGAAAAAAAGAUGUUCUUUGUGUGUCUCAUAAGUUGUAGUUCUGUAACAAAGUACAAAAUGGCACAAAUGUGUUUAUUUAUUUGUAGGCUGGAUAAUGAUUGAAAAUUAUUUUUAUUACAUUAAAUAAUUAAAUAACUAGGUUUGUUUUUUGGACCUUUAA